UUGACAGUAGAGGAAGACGGUGUCGCACUCAGAGAACUUCACCAAACUCUUUUGGACUCAAGAUGCUGCAGUUUGUGUGUGUGUUGCUGCUGGCGGCCUCGGCUCUCAGCCACCUGGACGAAGCCUCUCUGGACGCCCAGUGGGAGGAGUGGAGGACCACACACAGGAAGGAAUACAACGGCCUGGAUGAAGAGGGGAUCCGCAGGGCCAUCUGGGAGAAGAACAUGCGCAUGAUUGAAGCCCACAACCAGGAGGCGGCGCUGGGGAUGCACUCCUUCGAGCUGGGGAUGAACCACUUGGGCGACAUGACGUCAGAGGAAGUGUCAGAGAAGAUGACCGGCCUGCUGGUCCCAGUGAACAGAGAGCGGAGCUUCACCAUGGAUCUGGACGACAGAGUGACCAGACUCCCCAAAACUGUCGACUACCGCAAGAAGGGCAUGGUGACUGCAGUGAAGAACCAGGGCUCCUGUGGCUCCUGCUGGGCCUUCAGCUCGGCCGGGGCCCUCGAGGGCCAGUUGGCUAAGAAGACAGGUCAGCUGAUGGACCUGAGUCCCCAGAACCUGGUGGACUGCGUCACAGAGAACGACGGCUGCGGAGGAGGAUACAUGACCAAUGCCUUCAAGUAUGUGGUGGACAACGGAGGCAUCGACUCUGAGGAGGCGUACCCGUACAUCGGAGAGGACCAGCCGUGCCGCUACAAUUCAACAGGCAUGGCAGCCCAGUGCAAAGGCUACAAGGAGAUCCCGGAGGGCAACGAGCACGCGCUGGCUAUGGCACUCUUUAAACAUGGUCCAGUGUCCGUGGGCAUCGACGCCACGCUGAGCAGCUUCCAGUUCUACACCAAGGGUGUUUACUACGACCGCAACUGUAACAAAGAGGACAUCAAUCACGCCGUGCUGGCCGUGGGCUUCGGACAGAACACCAAGGGGAAGAAAUACUGGAUCGUCAAGAACAGCUGGGGCGAGACCUGGGGCAACAAGGGCUACAUCAUGAUGGCACGUAACCGCGACAACCUCUGCGGCAUCGCCAACCUCGCCAGCUUCCCCGUCAUGUGAGGAGGACGAAGGGGCUUUGCUCAGACUACUACACACAGAACUACACUUGAAAAUGUCCAGAGUUCAUCCUCACACGUCAGCAGCACUACAUACACCAACACAAGAUUUAACUUUACCUUUACGACGGUUUUUCAAACAACACGCAAUAAAAAUCAAACUGAACUCUUUGGGAAUGAACCUCCUCUGGUGAUGAGGAGGGCUGAAUGUUGAGAGGUCCUGACGUCCUUAAACAUGUCUGUCCAGGACGUUUUGUUAUCUUGAGUUCAUUGAAGCACUUUGGACCCUCAGAGACUUUUCAUUUUUAUCUGUAAAGCAGCAGACCUCUGCUGUGCUCGUCUCCGUCACCACUGUCAGUUCCUCCAGGGCCGAGGGUUGGUUACCUGAGGCCAGAGCCCAGACUGGUGUGGUGCCAACUUAAAUCUACAAAGACACCAGACACAUCAACAUUUCACAGCCGGCUGGUCGUUCUUCAGCUUUAACUCCAGUGUGUGUGGAAACAGUUUAAAUUCAUGGUGACAGGAAACAUUGCUGGGCAAUGGAGCUCCUCCUCUUCCUGUUGAGGCAGAGUCACUUCCUUUAAAAUGGUUUUCCUCUUAAUUGUGUCGACUUUUGUUUUUGUUGCUCUGUUCUGCACUUUUCUGAUGAUCAAAGUGAUGUUUUCUAUGAAUAAAGGUUCAUUUUGAAGUUAAA